AUGUGUCCGGUAAUUGUCGAAGUUGAAGUUGAAGAUGAACCAAAAAACAAAAGCAGUCCAUGUAUAUUCAAAGUCAUAGCUCUGGGCGAUGCAAAGCACGAUCCAGAGAAAGAGACAGCAAGCCACCCAUUGAUUGGAAUGGCUCGAGAAGCCAUGGCAAAAGCCAUUCAUCAAGUGGGAGCAUUAAAUGUUUUUGAGCGUAAUAUGCGAUUUGCCAAUGACGAUCUUCUACGAGAAGGAAAUUUUAGCGAAGUUCCAUCAAUGGAUGUAUUAAAGACAGCUAAGCAACAGUACAAUCAGAAAUAUCGACUUGAUGAAGAUUAUUUCAAAGAAUUGCGCAUGUUUCGAUAUUUAACUCAUUCAAUAGAUCACUCUUCUGAACAUAUUAAAGGUUAUGUGCAAACAUGUGGUGAAUGGCUGUUUACUGUUCAUUUCUUUACUGAAGCACAACCUGAUCGAUUCGCAAACUACUGCAAGACUGAGAAAUAUUCAUAUUUAUAUGUCGAUGCUACUGGUUCUGUUGUACGAAAACUAAAACAUCAAAAAGAAGUUUUGUUUUAUUCUAUGGUAUUUCAAGAUAAAAAUUCCUCAAUAAUGCCACUUAGUGGAGCACUACUAAGUGAUCAUACAGCCGCCUCUAUUACUUCCUAUUUCAAUUGUGUCCGAAAUAAACUAGCAAUACGUAGCAAAGUUGCGCGUCCAGCCUUCAUUGUUACUGAUUUUUCCGCUGCAUUAAUUAAUAGUGUACUCGCCUCAUUUAAUGUUGAGAAAAUUCACAACCAUUUGCGUCGCUGUUACAAUACACUUGAUCGCGCCUAUGACACUAAACAAUUGCGUAAUAUGACAUUUGUACGAUUGUGCUGUUGCCAUGCAAUGAAAGCUUUCUCUCGUAGUCUUUUCAAGUUGGAUAUAUCAAAAGAAACUCGUCAUUAUUUAAUGUCGCUUUUUGCUAUACUACUGAAUUCUACCGAUGUCGAAGGUGCAUUCGAUUUGUACGAACAAAUUAUGAAUAUUUAUGGAAAUCCGUAUUUCGAGCACUCAUCUAAUGCACUGGCUUUACUUUUGAAUAAAUCUGAUUUAUCUCAAUUUGAUAUCAAGCCGUUUUUGUCAGAAAGCGAUGUCCAAGAUGAUAACCCAAAUCAACAAGAUUUUCUGGAUGAACUAGGUAUAACUACAAAUCCGAUUAUUCAUCAAUCACCAUUUAAUGUUAAAGCACGUGCUCGUAUACCAGCUCUACGUCGAGUCAUUGACAAAGAAACACUCAAUAUAGACUUGUAA